GAAACCAGUUGUCUCACAGUCCUGCCUUGAACACGUUCGGUAUAGUAGCGGAUCCAACUGGAAUUGUUGCCGCGCGUUGUGAUCUACACGCGUCAGUAACCCGUUGUACCUCAAGCAGACAGGAUCAUGGGUUUCAUCGUUUGGUUUGCUGUGGUAGGUCUGUUUAGUGCUCAGUGGUACGGUGGUGCCGUUGCCCAGGGAAGCUGCCGUACGCCCGAUCAUCGUGAUGGCGUCUGUAUUCCGGUGAAGGAUUGCAAAAGUAUUCAGGAGAACUUCUUCACCUCCGAUCGGGUGCUUACUGGUGACGAGAUCGACUAUCUGAACCAGCUGCGCUGCCAGUCAACGGCGACGGUGACAAUAUGCUGCGCCGAUAACGUUGUCACGCUGAACCGAAACGUCACCACUCCUGAGACAGACGAUUUGCCAAGCCUGAAGAAAUUCGAAUGUGGGCUGGAACCGCUUGUUUCGAAGAUCGUUGGAGGAAGCGAAACGGCUCUGGACGAGUUUCCGUGGUAUGCGCUGCUCCAGUACGAAUCGAAGAAGGGCAUCCGGGAGUUCAAGUGUGGUGGAUCGUUAAUCAAUCAACGUUACGUGCUUACGGCGGCCCAUUGUCUCGCAAACAAGCGACUGGACGAUGGCGAGCGGCUGGUAAACGUGCGGCUUGGAGAUCACGACACUGCAAACGACAUAGACUGCAGCGAAGACUUCUGUGCCGAUCCCGUGCAGGACUUUGGCUUCGAGCGGCUCAUCAUCCACGAGCUGUACGAGAAGAAUGGCAAAACACAGCAUAACGAUAUCGCACUGAUCCGCCUAGAUCGAGAUGUUACGAUGAGCAACUACGUUUCCCCUGUGUGCCUUCCAGCGGCAGACUUUACGCCGACGACCAGCAACACCAACGUAACGGUCGUCGGAUUUGGACACACGGGAAGAAGAAAGCAUAGUGGCGUCAAGUUGAAGGCAUCUUUCCCGGUGUUCGAUCAGCAGGAGUGCGACCGGAAGUGGUCGACUGUACCAAUCAUAGGGCAGCAGCUGUGUGCCGGUGGAAUUUUUGGUAUCGAUAGCUGCACCGGAGAUUCCGGCGGACCGUUGAUGACGCAACGAUUGCUUUGGGUGCAGGAGGGUAUCGUUUCGUACGGCAACCAGUGUGCCCUCGAGGGUUGGCCCGGCAUCUACACACGAGUUGCAGCGUAUAUGGACUGGAUUAAGCAGCAGAUACGGGCAGGUUACUCGGGUGGAUCCAUAUCAUCCCCAUCAUCCACCGAUCACCACUCACCACGAACACAGACGAAGCAACCGGACGAGAUCGGUUCGAUGAUCGCCGCGGCUUCGCAGGAGAACUCGCGAUCGUCGGUCGCGAGUAGUGCUCUGAACAGGAUCAUUAUGGCGAGUGCCGCAGCCGUACGAUCGUGUUUCGCGUCGCUGCUCCUCUGCUGGUGUGUAACGCUCGUCGUGUUGUCGUGCAUACCAUGUGGAAUUGCCGGUGCUCCAGCGGGCGAGGCCGAAUCGUCGGCAGAAGAGCGGCCAGUCUGGGAAGCGAACCAAGUGUGCACCAUACCGCACGAAGACAGCGCCGGUGAGUGCCGCCCGUCGGUUGACUGCGAUGCGUACACCAAAAUCAACGACGUGUCCAGCGCGGCAUCGGUCGAAAGGAUCAGCUUCAUCAAGCAGAUCCAGUGCAACCGCACGGACAACGUACCGUACGUUUGCUGUCCCCGUGGUAGCACCUCCUACGUGCAACCGUUUAUGAACGAAACCAUGAGCCACAAGAACCGGGUUGCUAGCCGGUUAGCGUUCGAUCUCGAUACCUGCGGUCUGCAGUCGUACAUGGCGAAGAUACGCGGUGGUACGCUGGCCGAAAUCGACGAGUUCCCGUGGAUGGCGAUGCUACUGUAUGAGCGUGAGAAUCAACCUUUGACGCAGGCCUGCGGGGGAUCACUGAUAAGCCGCACGUUCAUCCUGACAGCAGCCCACUGCGUGACCGGCCGAAAUGUGGAGAACAGCAAUGGGAAGCUAAAGUACGUGCGGUUACGGGAGUACAACGUGCACACGGAUCCGGACUGUGUGGUCGAAAACGAUGUGAAGGACUGUUCGGAGGAUAAGCUCGAUCUGCCGCCAAAGGAGAUCAUCGUACAUUCGGACUACAAUCCGAGCACGCAACGCAAUGACAUCGCACUCAUCCGCAUCGAGCAGACACCGCCGUACUCGGACUUUCUGCGGGCAAUCUGUCUACCGGACAGGAACGUCGAUAGUCUCGUUGUGCCGGGCCAGAAACUCAGCGUGUCCGGUUGGGGCCGGACAGACAUGUUUAAGGAAAAGCUUGGACCGAAUGCGCUCAGUCCGAUCAAGCUGAAGCUUAGCCUGCCCUACAUGGAGCGAGACCGGUGCACCAAAACGUUCCGACCGUGGAACUAUAUGCUGACGGAGGGUCAGCUGUGUGCCGGUGGGGAGAAGGCCAAGGAUACGUGCGCCGGUGACAGUGGAUCGCCGCUGAUGAACUUCGACAUGAAGAAGGGCCAGUGGUUCAUUAGCGGUAUCGUGAGCAUCGGUGUGCGUAAUUGUGGCGUCGAGGGGUUGCCGGGUGUGUACACGAACGUGUACCACUAUCUGCCCUGGAUACGGCAGUACGUUCAGUGAACGUGGCGACCGUAACGUGGCAUCGUCAGGCAUCGUCGAAGUCGUUCAGCGUCAGGGUUAGUCCUAGGUAGGCUAGCGUGUAGCGUGGUUCACCUUUUUUUUUUAGUGUAAUAUUCUUUUUAGGUAAAAUGGGAAAUAUAUAUUUACAUAUACAUAAGU